AGUGAUGGCGGCGUCUGCACCCUCCUCCUCUGGCAGCGAACCGGAUCCCAACUCGACAAAUUUACGACCACCGGGCUCAAGCUAUGAUGCAUGGUGUGGAGUUGCUCAUGGGUGUACGAGAAAAUUGGGAAUGAAGAUAUGUGGAUUUUUGCAGAAGAACAACAGUCUGGAGGAGAGGAGCAGGAUUGUGAGUUCCUUCAAGGAGCGCACAGCCAAGAACCUGCUGACCUGCGAUAACAGCGGCAGAGACGCGCGUUUCAGACGCACAGAGACCGACUUCUCCAAUCUGUUCGCCAGAGAUCUGUUGCCUGCCAAAAAUGGAGAGGAGCAGACCAUGCAGUUCCUGCUGGAGGUUGUGGAAAUCCUCACCAACUACAUCCGGAAGACCUUUGACCGAUCCACCAAGGUCUUGGACUUCCACCACCCCCACCAGCUGCUGGAGGGCAUGGAGGGUUUCAACCUGGAGCUCUCUGACCAGCCAGAGUCUCUGGAGCAGAUCCUGGUGGACUGCAGGGACACCCUGAAAUAUGGAGUGAGGACAGGUCACCCCAGGUUCUUCAACCAGCUGUCUACUGGAUUAGACAUCGUUGGGUUGGCAGGAGAGUGGCUCACCUCUACAGCCAACACUAACAUGUUUACCUAUGAGAUCGCCCCCGUCUUCGUACUCAUGGAGCAGCUGACACUGAAAAAGAUGAGAGAGAUCAUUGGCUGGCCCAACGGAGAGGGUGAUGGCAUAUUUUCUCCAGGAGGAGCAAUCUCCAACAUGUACAGUGUGAUGAUUGCCAGAUACAAGUUCUUCCCUGAAGUCAAGACCAAAGGCAUGGCAGCUGCACCCAGACUGGUCCUCUUCACCUCAGAGCAUAGUCACUAUUCCAUCAAGAAAGCCAGUGCAGCUCUGGGCUUUGGAACAGAGAACCUGAUCCUGUUGAACACAGAUGAGAGAGGGAGAGUCAUUCCUGCUGAUUUGGAAGCCAAAGUAAUAGAGGCCAAGCAAAAGGGGCACGUUCCAAUGUUUGUGAAUGCCACCGCUGGUACCACCGUCUACGGAGCCUUUGAUCCAAUCAAUGAAAUUGCAGACAUCUGUGAAAAGUACAACAUGUGGCUUCAUGUGGACGGUGCAUGGGGAGGAGGUUUGCUGAUGUCAAGGAAACACAGACACAAGCUGAAUGGAAUCGAAAGGGCCAACUCAGUCACCUGGAACCCUCAUAAGAUGAUGGGAGUGCCGCUGCAGUGCUCUGCCAUUCUGGUCAGAGAGUGGGGAUUAUUACAAGGCUGCAACUCCAUGUGUGCCGGUUACCUCUUCCAGCCAGACAAGCAGUACGAUGUCACAUACGACACAGGAGACAAGGCCAUUCAGUGUGGCCGACACGUAGAUAUCUUCAAGUUCUGGCUCAUGUGGAAGGCAAAGGGAACAGUAGGAUUUGAACAGCAUAUCGACAAGUGCCUGGAUCUUUCAGCAUACCUCUACAAUAAAGUAAAAGACAGAGAGGGCUUUGCGAUGGUGUUUGACGGGGAGCCGCAGCACACUAAUGUGUGCUUCUGGUACUUUCCACCGAGCCUGCGCAGCUUGCCUGAUGGUGAGGAGAGGCGGGAGAGGUUGCACAAGGUGGCCCCAAAGAUCAAGGCUAUGAUGAUGGAGUCUGGGACUACAAUGGUGGGUUACCAGCCACAAGGAGACAAGGUCAACUUCUUCCGCAUGGUCAUCUCCAACGCUGCUGCUACCAGGUCAGACAUCGACUUCCUGAUCGAGGAGAUCGAGCGACUGGGGCGUGACUUGUAAGAGCUGCACCUGUAUUGCAAAAACUUUUUUUUUUUUUUCAAACAUUUGUCUUUUCCAGCUCUGGAAAGCCUUGAGCUUGGCUACAUGCCCCUUUUUUGUCUCAUAAAGAGAUUUUUGCUUACAGGUCUCUUCUGGCAAUGCACAACAAAUAAUUGGCCCCGUGUGUUUCUCUGUCUCUUCUGUCUUUAGCAGCGACGUCAUAUAUUUAAAACCUUUGCACACCAGAUUAUCUGAGUAAAAAGGACUUAAGUCAGAACUUGAGAGAAUUAUAUAAGCAGACUGGUAUUCUUGCUAAACCAUAUGCUAAGUGGAAACAAACCUAUAUUAUGGUAAACAGACUCUUGUCAGUGCGGUGAGUUUAACGCUGGUUCUUUUUCAUGUAAAUAUGAAAUUGCAAGAAUAUCCGAGUACUUCAUGAUUCUUUCUACAGCAGCUAUUAAAACGUCAUUAUACUGUUGUACUAUAUGCAGAUCAGUAUGAAAAACAGAACGAGAUCAAAAUAUUUUUUCACAAGUAACAGAGCACAACGUACAGUAGGGAACCUUAUAACAUUGACAUAAACAGUAUUAAUGUAAUAUAUAUGAUGUAAUGACUGUUGGUGCUCCAUGUUGUCUACGUAAUUAUCAAGCCAGACGCACCACCACAUUGUACCCUAGCUGUUAUUUCCCUUUGAUAUCACAUAGGUGGGAAUAUAUAACACAGUCAUUGUAACAAGUACUGUACUUGAUUGCUGUGUUUUUAGAGAUUUUUGUGUAGAUUGUGUAUAGUAUUGUUACAUUGCCUUUGUGCCAAAUGUGUCCUAGUUUUACAGUGAGAAAACCCUAUAUGUAAAGCAAUCAUACAGUACAGUAUGUAAUAGAUUAACCACUUUAUUUAUAUUAAGAGAUUAUAAUUGUGAAUAGGUUAUCUGCUAUUCUGAUCCAUUUGUAAUGUAUCCUCCUUCAUACUUGGAAACUCUGCUGUAUUAUAUCACAAUGUUUUGAAUAACAUUGAAGUCUUUUAGUGUAUUUGUGAACCAAAGAAGGGUUGGGUUACAUUUAUGAACAUGUACAUGGCCCUUAUUCUCCCUUAUGGAUGGAUUCAGAUAUUUAUGUAUAAGAAUAAUUAACUUAA